UGUGCUUUUUGUGUGUCCUCAGACUAUUCAGACGUUCCUGCUAUGUAUAAACAGAGACAGGCUCGCUAGAGCUUUAUUCCAGCUCGCUAUAUGCUGUGGCUCCUUGGACGCCCCUCAGGACCUGGUAGCUAAAGAAAAACCACAGAAAAAGGCAGAAGCAAAGAAAAGUAUAGAAGAAAGCCACAGAGAUGCUUCCUACUGAAGCUGAAGUGAAGAGCUAUUUUCAAGAGUGCGUCACUAAUUUCAAGAUCACACCUACUCUGGCCCACCUUCGCACGCUGGAAAAGAGGAUCGCAGAGAAGUUCAGGUUCAAAGACUUCAGCCAGCUGCAGCAAGGAACCUUCCUCGAUUUCAUUGUCAGCAACAAAAAGGUCCUGCAGGAGGCAGCAGGGAGCGCCGUCUCCAUCGACAGCCAGGAUCCUGGAGUGAACGGCUUCAGACCGUGCAGACAGGACGUGUUUGAGUUCAUCAAGCAGUGCGGGGAGGGAGAUGACGGCAGACUGGCGUUCAUUGAAGCCUCUCUGAGGAAUCAUUACCGGAUCAGGGACAGUCGAGAGCUCGGGCACGGACCCCUCGGUUUUCUUGUCAAUUGCACCCGGAAGCAAAAGGAGCUGAGCGGAGAUGCUGUCACUAGUGUAGUACGCUACGAGUGUCCUCUGCUGCCCGUGGGUUCAGGGGAGUGUGUGCUUGGUUCUGUGGGUUUGCUGGGUGAGGUGAGCUGUGAUCAGGCGCGGGCGAGUUUGCUGUCGGCUCCUCUGCUGCAGGAUCUGGAGGACUGGAGUCAGUGGGAGCUGGUGUUUCAGCCCAACCACGGCCCUCUCAAGGACUUCAUCGACAAGUACUGUGGUGCGUCACUUCACUAGAAGCAUGUUUCGUAAAGAAAUUCUAAUACAAACGGUGCUCUGGGGGUGUUCGUUGCUCUUAUAACACACCGUGAUGGGGUUCAUUUUCACUGGGUGAUGUUGCCUA